ACUCGUGGAGUUUUACUGUGCUUUGCAUCGACUUUUCCUCUUGCUAGCUUCAGACUUUUGAUAUUCAAAACUCGCACGGUGAGGAGCAUACAGAAAGUCACCCUUUGUGAUGCAAAGAACCAUUAUUUCUCCGAUCGAGGACGCGUUGGCACUCUGUAAUUCAGACAGCCUCGUCUUUCUCCUCUCAGCGACACAAAGCAGUCAAGGCAACGUCAAUGCCAAACGGACCGCAGUGCGCACAGGCGAGAGGCUGCGCGCUCCUCUGCUGCGCGCACCAUGUCCAUCCCUGGAAGACGCAGGCAGUUUGGUCGCUGUUUAAUCUGCUUUAUAUUGUUUUGUUCAUGUUUUUAUCUGCAGUGGAACUAAGACGAAAGUUUACAACAAGCGCGAACGAUGUCGCGAAUCUAAAUAGAUUACCCCUCUCUGUGCGUUGAGGUUGGCUGUCAGCCAUGAAUGCGGAUGAACUAAACAUGACUCAAAAGGAACAUAUUCCAUUUGAAGAUGGACAUUUCAACUGCUGUUCAUUCAUAAAUGAUGGGAAUCUCUGGACAUUGGAUGACAGCACAAAACUGGUUGGAGUUCAAGUUGUUCUCAUCCUCGCUUACAGCACAAUCAUCCUGUUCGGAGUCACUGGAAACUCCUUGGUAAUUUAUGUCGUCUAUAAAUUUAAAACUCUACGCACAGUGACCAACUUCUUCAUUGUGAACUUAGCUGUGGCCGACCUGCUGGUGAAUACGCUGUGUUUGCCUUUCACUCUUGUCUAUCUUCUCUAUGAUGAAUGGAUGUUUGGUCAGGUGUUAUGCUUUUUAUUGCCUUUUGCUCAAGGCAUGACGGUACACGUCUCCACCAUAACUCUGAACAUCAUCGCUCUGGACCGGCACAGGAGCAUUGUCCACCACAUGGAGACCAAGAUGUCUAAAGAUCUGUGUGCUGUGGUCAUAGUCAUCUCAUGGGCCCUCAGCGCCUUGCUGGCUAGCCCCCUUGCCAUUUUCAGGGAGUAUGGGUCCUUUAAACCUUCACCGGAAGAGUCCCUGCAGGUGUGCACAGAGAAGUGGCCAGACAGCAGCAUGAAUGGAAAGAUCUACAGCUUCUCAAUGCUUGUGGUUCAGGUGGUUAUACCUUUGCUGAUUAAUUCUGUUGCAUACAUCCGCAUAUGGAACAAACUGAAGAAACACAUGACAUGCGGACGAAACGACAACCAGCGGAGGAAGAAGACCACCAAGAUGAUGUUGACCAUGGUGGUGGUCUUUGCUGUGAGCUGGUUGCCUUUCCAUGCAUUUCAGUUGGCUAUAGACAUUGAUAACAAUAUGCUGAAUAUGAAAGACUUCAAGCUGGUUUUCACACUGUUCCACAUCAUGGCGAUGUGCUCAACCUGCGUCAAUCCCAUCCUGUAUGGGUGGAUGAACAACAACUACAGGACGGCCUUUUUGUCUGUGGUCAAAUGUUACAGGCCUCUUGGUGUCAGAUAUAGAUCCUCGAAAAACAGAGAGAAGCAAAAAGAUGACGACAGGGACUGUACUGACUUCCGUUCAACAAAUCUCUGACGUGAAAAGGGAAAUAUUUACGUGCUUACUCAAAAUGUACAGUGCCUUGUAAAGAUAGUCAUGCCACAUUUAUACAUCUGUCAUGUUACAGGCAGAAACUUCAAUUUAUUGUAUUGGGAUUUUAUUGGAUAAACUAAGGUAAAGAGGUGCAUAGUGAAGUAAAAAGGAAAAUGAUACAUGAUUUUAAACCGUUUUUACAUAUCAUGAUCUAAAAAAUUUGCAUUUGUGUUGAACCCCCUAAACUGGUGGAACCAACUGCAGAUAGGAGUCUUGGGGUUGGUAAAUAGUCCACCUCUGUGUAUUUUUAUCAGAGUAAAUAAAGCUGCAUCUCAUGGAACACUGUUCAACUGUAUCAUGGUAAAUAGAAAGAGUAUGGCCCAACAGCAUACUUGGCAAGACAUGGUCAACCCCCUUAACCGACAGGCCAGGGAGGUAAAGCAUUAUUCAGAGAAGCACCAAAAUGGAGCCAUGGUAACUCUGGAGGAGCUGCAGAAUUCCAUGCCUCAGGUAGGAGUGUAUGUUGUGUAUGUCUUAUGGAAGAGUGGCAAAAAAAAAAUCAUUGGAAGAAAGCCAUACAGAGUCAUGUUUGCAGGCCAAUUGGAAGAAGGCACUGUAGUCAAAAAAGAACAAAUAUAACUUUAUGGCCAAGAUAUAAAACUGUAUGUAUGGAGGAAAACUAAUGCUGUGCAUCACCCUGAACACACCAUCAUCACAGUGAAACAUGGAGAUGGCAGCAUCAUGCUGUGGGGAGGCAUCUCCUCAUCAGGGACAGAGAAUAAAUAACUGGAAAACUGAUGAGCAUAAAACAGGGACACUCCUAGUAGAAAUCCUGUUAGAGACUGAAAAAAAGACUACUCGGGUGGAGGAACAACAACGCUAAACAUACAACCAGAGCUACAGUUUAAUGAUUCAAAUCAAAACAUAUUCCUUUGUGAGAAUGUCUGAAAUCAAAGUCCACACAUAAACAAAACUGAAAGUCAUUGGCAAGACUUGAAAACUGAUGUUCAUAUAUACUCUCAAACCAACCUGACUGAUCUUGAGCUAUUGUGCAAAAAUCUCAGUCAGUAGAUGUGCAAAGCUCGGAGAGACAUACUCCAGCCAAGGGUGGUUCUCCUAAGUGGUUCUCCUAAGUACUCAAGAGCUAUAAAACACAAAGGCAUGCUACAUUUUUGGAAAUUUUGAAAACUUUAAAAACCAUGUAUCACAUUCCUUUCACUUUAUAAAUUACGCACUAAUUUGUGCCAGCCUACCACAUAAAAUCCUAUAAAAACACAUUCAAGUUUGUGGUUAUAAUAUAAAUAAAAUGUGGAGAAGUUCAAGGUGUAUAAAAUAUUUGCAGGACACUGUAUGUCUUGUGCUUUAUGCGCAAUGAAAAUAACUUAAAAUAUGUGGCUGUUUAAAAGUUUUGCAUGAAUGUGUCAGCACUAUUAUUGGUAGAACAGAUUUUUGUUUUUAGGCGAAACCUUAAAAAUGUACGUUUUUGUGGACAGUUUGCAGUCAUGUUCAGAUGCAACUUUUGUGUCAGAGAUAUUGUUUUAUUUGAGAACUAUAAGUGGCAUUAUGUUUGCAAAAUCUCACAUUUAUUUGUGUUUUGCAAUUAAGGAAGCUUUUGGUUUUGCAAUCCUUCAAAGCUCUUUGAACAGCAGUAAUUUCAAAAUGUUUUAGAGUUUCACAUUGGAGUUUGGCUUUGUACUCUUUAGUCCAAUACCAGACCAUUUAAAGAGAAUGUCUGGUACUGUAUGCAAAGACUUCUAAAUUCAAGAGUGAAACCGGCAUUGUGUCUUUAUAUAUCAGUUUUAAAUUGGAUCUUUCUUUACUUUGUUACCAGGAGUUUGACAAAAAGUAACAAUUUGACCUGGCAAAUCCUGCCCUUUAGUAGAUGACCUACCGAUCAUUCAGUCUGCACCAAGUAUGAGAAUGCUAUUUCUCAAUGACCUUCUGUUCAUGUGCUGAUCGUUUUUGAAGUCUGACAUGUUCUUUACACAUUGCACAAAACAAUUUCAGGUAAAAUUAUUAAACAGAAAGAAAUUGUAAAGCAGCAAAGUAAAAAAAAUUGAAAGAGCUUCAGAAAGCUUGAAAAAGUUAUUGAUCAAUUGCACUUUGAAAAAUUUCAAGAAAGUCUGGCUUCUUUAAGGGGAAUAAAAAUAAGUUUGGCCAUGCAAUAGUUUUUCAUACAAAGAGCUUGUGACUCAAAGUUACUUUAAAUUAAGUCGCAGGUUAAGGAUUGGUGGAUUGACAGAUUAAUCAGUGUUAAUAGUUUUAUCUAAUAGGAGAACACAUGAGCAACUGGUUCACUUUUGCAUGAAGUUAAUUGUUUGACAGGCUUAAGAUGCCUCAAAGCUGAUGUGCUGCAGCACCAGAGUCAAUUUUUUAAACUAACCGCUGACAGAGUUGUUGGAAAGGACUUUCUAUUAGUAUAAAACUUAAUAUGUGACAGGAUUAUUACAUUUUGCAGCUUGAAAUGUUUCUUUAUUUUGUCUGGAUAAAAAAAAAAAUGUGUGUUAUAUUAGCAAGUAAACAAUUCAAAGAAUAAGGAGAAAAAAUGAUAAAAUCUUAGCUUUUUGUGACUCCCACUGUCAGUACAAAACAUAAAUAAAAUAUGCAAAAUAAAGCAGUUUAUCAUGGUAAUAUUCUGAUUUUGCACAUAAUUCAGUAACAAAUUAUCUUGGUUUCCCUUUUAAACUAUCAAGCAUUUCAAGCCUUUAUCCUGACUUUGCAUAAAUGAAAGUUUCCCUUAGGUCUCAAGAUUCCAUUAUUUCAUAGACUAAUGUCAAAACAAAAGCAGUACUGAAUGGUAACUAUAAAUUUGACAGCAUGCAAACUUCCAUGAUCUCCACCUGUUUGUAUGUGCAAAAUAAAGAGAAAUUAUGCCUCACUAAAUAUGAAGAGAAAAGGGUAUAUAGAAAAAAAACACCAUAUUUAUAAUAAUGGCACAACUUAAUUUCUGUAUUAAGUCAAAAACCUAUGUCAGUUUUUCUCUGUUCCAGUUUGUUUCAAGUAGGCUUUAAUACAUUUUUGAUCACAAAUGGACAUUCUAUUUGAAUCUCUUUUGAAUGCAUGAUGUUGUCACUGGUUCCUUACGUUACUGGUCUUGUUCUUUUCGAUUGUAAAUUCAAAACCUCACUGACAAUUAAAGAAUACACCCAGCCACUUUAAGAAAACCUGUCCGUUUGCUUGUUUACUAAAAAAGCAAAUCAGCCAAUCACAUGGCAGCAUAAAUGCAUUAAGGUAUCUAGUUGUGGUCUAGACAACUUGAAGUUAGAACCGAGCAUCAGAAUUGUUAAAUAAAGAGAAUUUAAGGAACUUAAACAACCGAGUUGGUGCCAGAUGGGUUGGGCUGAAUAUUUUUGAAACUGCUGCUACUAGGAUUUUAACACACAACUGUCUCUCAGAUUUACAGAGGAUGGCCCAAAAAGACAAAUUAUCCAGCGAGCAGCAGUUGUUUGAACCACAAUGCCUUUUUGAUGUCCACAGUUAGAGGAAAAUGGGCAGACAGCAUGUUGUGUGUUCAGUGAACAUACAACAUUCUGAACCUUAAAGCAGGUGAACUUCAGCAGUGGACGCCUGCAGCAGGUACCACUCCACUCAGCCAAGACUGAAGCUACAAUUUGCACAAUUUCACCAAAACUGGAUAAUAGCACGAGCAUGAGUUUACUGCUCUCCAGUGGCCUCCACAGUUACCAGAUCUUAAUUCAAUAAAGCAGCUGUGGGCUUUGGUGGAAUUGGAGAUGCGCAUCAUGGAUGUGCAGCCCGCAAAUCUGCGGCAACUCUGAGAUGCUAUCAGCGAUCAGAGGAAUCCUUCAGAACCCCGGUUAAAAGCAUUCAGCCUGUUCUAAAGACAACAAGGUUGUCCAACCUGGUACUAGCAAGGUGUGCCAGUAAAGUGGUCGGUGGGUGUUUGUGUGUAUAGAAUGAUUUUAUUUAUUUAACAUUUUACCAUGCUAAUUCAAAUCUGAAAGGUGCAGCAACCCAUUUUGCUGCAAUCAACAGAAUAGGAUAGUACACAUUUUUUCAAAAAUAAUUACAUAUUGAACAUCACAAUUUGAGGCUAAGCUGCUUCAACGUCAUAUAAAAACCAAUUGGAGUCCCUCUGCUUGUUCAGCCAUCUCAAGGCUAUUUGAGGCAACUGAAUGGUAGUUGUGAUGAACAUUCAAUCUUUUUCUGAUUAAACUCACAACAGCUGGAGUCAGAGUGCACGCUGGAUUAGAUUACAACUAUUCAAUGCAAACAUUUUUCUGAAGCUUGGAAAUACUUUGUUAUGGCAAUUUAAUGUCCAUAAAACUUGUUUUGCUGUUUGUUUAUGGGAGCAAUUACUUCUUAGAGCCUGAUUUCAAAAUGUUAUUGAUUUACAAAUGUGAAAUGUUAAAAAUGUUGUUUUUUUUCUUGAUGAAGAACUCAGUAAUGCAGUCAGGAAUUCAUGUCAUUAUGGAUUAAUUUGUUAAUUUAUAACUAAUCAAUGAAUG